CGAACGCGCAGUAGUGUUUGUACGGUCUCUAUAUACAAUGCGAGGGUUGAGCACCGCCGUCGGUCUCCUUCUCUUUGCUCACACGUUUGCCGAGCGCUCUCGCAGAUGCUACGCCUGCGUUGCUCGAUCGCCCGUCGGACCUGAAGAGUUGAUAUGCAGUCCCGACGCGCCGUCGUCGAGUCUUUCCGUUAUCAACUGCACCAGCAACUGCAGCCUGACGGACACGCGAAUUUUUGGGAGACUCUUUCAGAGGCACAUGGACUGUGACACGGAUUGUAGAGAAGGCAGACUGGUGGUUGAUGUACAUCACGAGGAUGUUACGUCUUGCUGCACGGAUGAUCUCUGCAACCGUCCGGACUCCCCAGCUACUGCUACUGCUACUGGUUCCACCGCUUUGGCAACAAGCAUGGCAACAACAGAAAACAAAGCGAGCUCGAACGGUACCGUGACUCUCACGGUUUCUACAGACGAAAACUCCACACGGGUAGAGACUGGCACAGGGAGCUACGUCGUUCUUAGACCAUCUGUCCUGGUGCUGGUGCUUGUUAGUGGCUGUUCUCUCUGGCAUUAGAGACUCGUUUCUACAUGAUAGCUAUACACGCGUGCCAGUGGUAUCAUUGUUUUGUUUGAGAGGGUUGUAGAUGCUCGAGGCAGUCUGGAUAUGUUUCGGAUUAGUAUUCAAGAUAUGGUUUUGAAAAUUC